ACCAGUGUUCUGAAGAUGGAACCGACCUUGAUUUGGAAAGCCCCUUUGGAGAGGAUGGAGAGUGUCCUGGAGGAUCGAGAUAGGAUCGGUGUUCCUGACGCCAUCCUUUUGGAGGAUUACCUCAGCGAAAAUGCCUUCAUCGACAAUCUCAAGAAGAGAUACAACGAGAAUAUCAUUUACACAUACAUCGGCCAUGUACUGGUCUCCGUGAAUCCGUACAAAGACCUCGGUCUCUACACAGACAAACUUCUGGAGAAAUACCGAAAUGUAAACUUUUACGAGGUGCCACCACACGUUUUCGCUAUCACAGAAAAUGCCUAUAGGUCGAUGACCUCGGAAGUUGCGGAUCACUGCAUCCUUAUUUCAGGUGAGUCUGGUGCAGGCAAGACAGAGGCCAGCAAGCAGGUGCUCCGCUUUCUGGCGGCGACGUCUCUCCACCGUCGGGAGAUGGACAGAGUGAGAGACCGUCUCCUGCAGUCGAAUCCCUUGCUGGAGGCUUUCGGUAAUGCCAAGACCAACCGUAAUGACAACUCAUCCCGGUUCGGCAAGUACAUGGACAUCGAGUUCAAUUUCAGGGGUGAUCCAGUUGGGGGUCACGUUUUGAAUUAUUUGUUAGAGAAGUCUCGUGUUGUUCACCAAGAAACAGGAGAAAGAAACUUCCAUGUGUUCUAUCAGCUGCUGGCUGGUGCUCCUGACGACCUCCUGAAAAAACUCCACCUUCAAAGAGAUCCAAACCAAUACCACUUCUUGAAGCAGCCAGAGAAUCCAGAUAUGCCGUUAAGUUCGUUGGAGCAGGGACAGAGUUGCAAUGUGGAUUCUAUCAAUGACCGUGCAGAUUUUGGAGCAGUUGAUCAUGCAUUGGACACACUUGAAUUUCAAACUGAGGAGCAGGAAGCAUGUUUGCAGCUUUUUGGAUGUGACAGUAAAGCUCUAGCCAAAGCUUUAACUCACCGAACUAUUGAGGCUCGAGGUGAAAGAGUAACUUCACCCUUAACCCCAGACCAGGCUGUAUAUGCUCGUGAUGCGUUGGCUAAAUCUGUCUAUGAACGAGUAUUCAAUUGGUUGGUGAAUAGGUUGAACAUGUCUUUAGAUUCUGUUGAGAAGGGACGGAAGACCUUGCUUGGAAUCCUUGAUAUUUACGGUUUUGAAAUCUUCAAUAAGAAUGGGUUUGAGCAGUUCUGUAUCAAUUACUGUAAUGAGAAACUUCAGCAAGUGUUCAUUGAGUUGACACUGAAAAGUGAACAGGAGGAGUACCGUAGGGAAGGUAUUGAAUGGGAGCAAAUCUCAUACUUUGACAAUAAGAUCAUCUGUGACUUGGUUGAGGAGAAGCAUAAAGGUAUCAUAUCAUUGCUUGAUGAGGAAUGCUUACGUCCAGGAGACGCAUCUGAUAUGACAUUCCUUUCAAAGAUGAAUUCUCAUCUGUCUAAACAUGACCAUUACUUCAGUUAUGACACAUCAAGCAAUAAUAAGGUUAAAAAAACUAUCAAUAAAGAUGAGUUUCGUCUUCGCCACUAUGCUGGAGAUGUAGCUUAUCGAGUGCAAGGUUUUAUGGAUAAGAACAAUGACUUACUUUUCCGUGACUUGAAAGAGGCCAUGGCACAGUCAUCAAAUAUGAUUGUCCGAGUGGCUUUCCCUAAGGAAGAGUUAAUGGGAAAGAAGAGGCCAGAAACUGCUGGUACACAGUUCAAGAACAGUUUGGCUAAUUUGAUGGUCAUCCUUAUGAGUAAAGAACCUUCUUACAUCAGAUGUAUUAAGCCUAAUGAUGAGAAGCGCUCCUACUGCUUCGAUACUGAACGAGUAGGACAUCAGGUCAAAUACUUAGGUUUGAUGGAGAAUUUACGAGUGAGGAGAGCUGGCUUUGCUUACCGUAGGAAAUAUGAAAUCUUCUUGGCAAGGUACAAGUCUCUCUGCCCUGCUACUUGGCCAAAUUACAGAGGCAAGCCAAAGGAUGGCGUAAGGGCCAUUGUUCAACAUCUUAAUUAUCAUCCUGAUGACUAUCGCUUGGGAGAGACAAAACUCUUCAUCAGACUCCCCAAGACACUCUUCUACACUGAAGACAAAUUCCAAGCUCGUAAGCAAGAGCUUGCAACAAUGAUUCAGGCAAAGUGGAAGGCUGUUAUGUAUCGUCGUAGAUACCUAAAGAUGAGGGAAGCUGUUACUAACAUAACUAAGCACUGGAGACGUGUGAAAGCCCAGAGAGAAUGUGCUCGCCGAAAGUGGGCUGUUGGAAUUGUUCGAGCGUUUGUGAAAGGAUUUAUCACCCGCAAUGAGCCAGUCAACCCAAUCAAUGCAAGAUUCCAGCAGCUAGUAAAGUGUGAAUUUUUACUAAGACUUGCCAAAGUCUUGCCACAGAAUCUUCUAGACACAAAUUGGCCAGUUGCACCUUCUUCUUGCAAAGCGGCUUCUAAAGUUAUCUAUGGUCUCCAUAGGACGUACCUAGCACGCAAGUAUGUUAAAGCACUAACUCCAGAGAAACGGUCAAUGUUUGAGGAGAAAGUCUUAGCAGAACAGUUAUUCAAGGGUAAGAAGUCAAGCUAUCCAGACACCUUACCACAUUGGUUUUUGACAUCAAGACUAAAUACUGCUGAAGAGUCACUCCGAAAAACUGCCUUUGAGGAGAGUAUCAAAACAGCAGGAGAGAAGACAAAGUAUUCAACUCCAUGCACAAAAUAUGAUCGUCAUGGAUACAAACCUCGCGAACGCUUGUUAAUCCUCACCUCUGGGGCUUUAUACCUGUUAGAAGCCAAAGAAAACAAGUUAAAACAGAAACACAGGUUCUCCUUGAAAGAAAUCCAGGGAUUACACGUCUCUCCUAACAACGAUAACCUCCUCCUCAUUCAGAUCCCAGUUGAAAAUGCGAAGAAAGAUAAGAGUGAGGGUAAAGACACUAACCCUAAGGGCGACUUGAUUCUCAAUGUUCCCAAUGUCACAGAAACAGUAACAAAGAUCAUUACUGUUAGCGACAACAGCGAAGUCCUCAAAAUAGCAGAAACUGACUGCAUUGGCCAUACAAUGAAGAAUGGAAAGCAAGGCACCAUUAUGCUGGACACAGGUGCAACUACUAUGAUCAACAAGAACAAAGAGGGCAAACUGCUUGUAGUGGCUGGACCAGGACAGUGAGAGCAAAAGUGUUGAACAAAUGUUCAGCUAACAGGAUGUACGAUUACUGUUGUGAGAUUUAGGUAUGACAGAUGCACAUAUGUGUGUUCCUAUUUUUAUAUUUUUAAUGCAUAUACCUUUCCUAUCAUAAGAUAGGAAGAAUUGAAGAUGCCUAAUUUUGCUGUACAUUUACUAUAAAAAUGAGCAAAAUGUAAGUUAUGAUUUAGGCAAUUCUACAGUAGUAUUGGUUUGUGUGACUGAACUUUUAAGUGCAUAAACUUGGAAUUUAAUCAUGAAAUUUCUGCACUUGUUGUGUACUGUAAAUAUUGAUGCAUAGUUCUUGUUUUCUUUUGAACAAAGGAAUCAUAUGGUGUAUAUAAUGAUGCACCAAUUUGUGGGUUUUCCAAUUUACAACAUUCACACCGCACAUUUUAAUUUUGCGUAAGCCUUCAAAAGUGCUUCUUUUUUAGGAAUAAAAUUCAUAUUUAUUUAUUCACUCACCAUUCAUAAAUUUCAUCCAAAUGUUACAAAUUUAAAUCAAAGAUGUUUAAUAGUAACAAAAAACAAGCCUUUACGAGUUACCAAGCUAGAUACUAUUCUUGUCACGUUACAUAUUUACUUUGCUACUUAAUUUAAUAGGUUCUAACUAGUCAAUAAAAGAUUACCUUUUAAGUUUAAUUACUGUGAUACAAAUAGCACAGUUGGUGGUAUGUAAUUUGGAUUAAGUUUAAGGAUAGUAAUGUUUCCACCAUGAAGCUUUUGUCUUCCAUUAAAUUUAGAUGGGGAGUACUGCUAUUGAAUAUUUACAUUUUUCUAAAGUCAUCAGUGAUAGGUUGAUUAUCCUUAAACUAAGCAUUCCUGUAUUACAAGAUACCUUGCACUGUUAUUGGUAGCAGUCGGCAGCAUUGUUAAUUAAAGGGCUGCAUUACCUUAUCCAUCAUAUACUGUCUCAUAAAAAUUUGAAUCGGGCAUACAAGAAAAUAGUUAACAGUAAUCAAAAGGUCUUGAGAAAUUUUCCCACGAAAAAUGUUCUUCAUGAAAUAUGUUUAGAUAAUUGUUUAACCAGUUGGCUUUCCAAAUUUUGCCUAAAAUUAUUCUUUGCUAAUCUUCUCAACAGCUAUGAAAGGUUCAGUCUUUCUACAAAUAACAAAGAACCUCAAUUUUAGUAUAUAUUUACUGCUCUUGUACUAUAAUGAAAUUUAUAUGAGUAAGAAUGAUCCAAAAUAACUUUACUGCUAAAAUCUAUGUUGCAAGGUCAUUUUAGGAAGUUUCUUUACCUUUAGUCAAAUGGUGCUAAGAGAUCAUAAUACGUGACUGAGGUAUCCUGCCAAUAACUAAGAAUAUUUAUUUAGCUUAAUCAUAGUACUUAAUUACAGUUCUGGGCACUUGCACAACUGCAUUUUGAGUUAUGUUGUGAAACUGUAAAAAUUUGUAGAGUAUACCGUAGUUUAAGGUUUUAAUUAUUUUCUGCAGAAAUGUACUAUGUUUUUUUUAUUACACUUCAUUAAACCUCUAAAACCCUUCUUAGAUUGAAGUAUCCAUAUAUAAAGGUCAGUUUUAGUUUUAGAAAAAUAUCACAAUAGUUGGUCCUCGUUGCAGAUACACUGGUAGUUUUUGUUAUAAGGGGAGGUUAAAACCUUAAUUUUAGAGACCAGACUUUACAGAUGCAGCCACUUUGUGAUAUUUUUUAUGAUGAAUUUGCAUUUAAUAUUAGCAUUACAAUUGAUUGUAUUGUUCAUGUACUUAUACAGGUGAUCAUAGUUGUUACUCGAGUAAGCUUGAUCUGUGAAUGGUAAGAUUUCAACAUGCUGGUAAUCUGGCCUUUUGCUUUAAUUCUUGAAUUUACAUGGCAUAUAAUGUCUUCGCUAUUAAAUGCCCAAGAUGACCUAUGUACAUGGGAUCCAUUCUGUGUAAUUUACUUGGAAGCAUACUGCAGUAAUUCUGUAAAAGUAAAUAUUUAUUUUUCCAUGUUGUCGGGAAUUUGCAUUUUAGUUCCUUGUAGCCUACUUUUCUUGAUACCCAUAAUGCAUUCCUUUUGAUGACUCAAUGUAAACCUGUUGUUGAUUUGCUAGGAAAGAGUUAGGCAAAAAUACCAAAACACUGUACUAAAAUUUAAGUUUACACAUACAUUCCAGUUUUCAUUUUUUAUAAUUAUGGAUCCAAUAUGCUAGAAAGCUUUUGCAAUUAAAUUUGAUAAACUUAAAACCAAGAGGCUCUAGGAUGUGUGGAGAAACAUAGUUUAUGUUAUGAAUUGACCAAUUUUUAUUGCAGCAUACAAGGGAUAUCUUUUCAAGAAUUAUCAUGCCAUAAUAUAUAAUCUGCCAAAAAAGUUUUGUUUAUUGUAAACUAGUCUUUAGAUUUUACACUUUUAUAGCUUCUUGUGACUAAAUAAAAGUUUAACUCUUGGUGCUAAUGAGUAUAAAUGCAAUACAGUACUUCAUAUUCUGUAUUUUCACUGUAUGCAGAAAUUUUUUAUUUUUAGAAUUUGUUCUAAGAAGGGCUUUCGUAGAGUACAAAAUUGACACUUGUUGUGAUGACCUUAUCUACAAAGAUCUAGGAACCAUAAUAUAGUUAUUUCACGUCCAAGUAGUUUUGUUAUUUACUCAUCUGAGUUGUAUUCCUUAGAUCAAUAUAGUAUAUUUUGUUCUUUGUUUAUGCAAGACGAAUGAAAGCACUUACAUAAAUGGCAUUCAGCAUGUUCCCAUUGUUAAUUUUUCCAGGAUAUUGACUUGUGCCUUAGCCAUCAGCAUCAUGAGCAAUACUGCAUCUGUAAAUUAGAUAAAGAGCAGUUUAAAGAUUCAAACUUCAUGAAACAGAUUUUAACCUAUACUAUACUAUAGUAUACCUAUAGUAUAUACAUAAUUUAUAUGAACAUCACUGAAUGCCAAGUAGGUUCACACAGGUUGUACAGAUUUUGAGCAUUUUCCUGUGAAUGAAAGAGUUUUGUGAUUUGAGUAAAAUGUGCCUUUAUGUGCCAAGAAAAUGAAAAUAAAAAUUAAAAAUGAAAA